UCUUUGACUUCGGCUACCAACAGUUGAUACCAAACACAUUCCCACACAGAGAGAAGAUACAGGGUAUGAUGGCGAAGAAGCCCCCCAAGGCGGCCCCUCGGCGAAUUUUCCAGGAGAGGAUGAGGAUCACAUCCCUGCCCUUGUACUUUGAAGGAUAUUUAUUAGUGAAGCGGGCAGAACACCAGGAAUUUAAACACUACUGGACAGAGCUGAGAGGAACUACCCUUUUUUUUUACAUCGACAAAAAAAAUCCAACUUAUAUUGACAAAUUAAACCUGACAGAUCUUACAUGCCUUACUGAACAGAAUCCGAAUGAGAAGUGUUGUGCGAGUUUCCUGUUGGUACUGCCCAAGGAAGAAGUAGAACUGAAGACAGAAAACACAGAAAGUGGGGAGGAGUGGAGAGGCUUUAUUCUCACUAUUACAGAGAUGUCAGUCCCUCAGCAUGUGUCACUGUUACCUGGACAAAUGAUCAGACUGCAUGAAGUCUUAGAGAGAGAAAAGAAAAGAAGGAUUGAGAUUGAGGGACCACCCAGUAUACCUUUGAGAAAAGAGAAGCAACCAACUGAGGAGUAUAUGGAUAUCCUGAACGCCAUGCCGGCGUGCUUUUAUUCAGUGUCUCGGAAAGAAGCAACUGAAAUGCUAGAAAAGAACCCUUCUUCGGGAAAUAUGAUCCUGAGGCCUGGUAGUGACAAUAGGAACUAUUCCAUUACCAUCAGACAGGAGAUAGACACUCCAACAAUAAAGCACUACAGAGUGGUGAGGAUAGGAGCCAACUACACAAUUGAACUGGAAAAGCCAGUGACACUCCCAAACCUCUUCAGUGUCAUUGAUUAUUUUGUGAAGGAAACUCGAGGAAACCUAAGACCAUUUAUAUAUUCAACCAGUGAAAAUCCUGGACACACAAAGGCAGAUUCACCUAUUAAAAUUUCUCCAUGGAGGCAAGAGCAACCUCUUGUGCGACCAGUGAUCAAAAAUGCUGUUAGACCUCAUGUGAAUGAUUAUGUGAAUGAAUUUCCAGGUUGAGAAUCCAAUAAAAUGAGAAGGGAAAAGAGAGAAAUGGAAGAAAAAAGUGGACACUGACGAAAAUAAAAUUAUAAAUCAACCUGCCUGAUCUUGGGAAAACCUAUUUCAAAAAUUCUUUCUAGCAAGAUUCCUUGGUGUCUCCUGAUUUUGAUGAACAGUCACACCCAAGCACCACACGUGUGGAAUGUUGUUUUGGUAGAGUCACCCUCUUAUACAAAGAUUACUACUGUGAAGGA